UUUUUCUUUUUUCUUCAUGCACGCACACUCGGAAUUUUGUAUUUCCUUUCUAUAUGGUUAUUGAUGCGUUCGCUGUCGCCAUCCCAUACGACUUUUUUUCCCAUUUCUUUGCAAUCACCGCCUCUCUCUCCUCUUGCUCAGCAUCUCUAUCACUCGCUCUCUCUAACAAUGCCUUUGACCUUUUACAAUUCUCUCUUUCUUUCUGGAAACGUAAUCGGAAAACACACUUCGUCUCAAGACUCGUUUCUCUCCCUUCUUUCGCAUUACUCUCUCUCUCUCUAACGUUUCCUGGUGUACGAGCAAGUUCUGACAGCCUUAUCUAGCACAAAGCAAAGUCACCGGCUGGGUAUUUCAUGAAUUUGUUGAUUGUUGACACUCUGCUGCUUAAGAGGCUUCUGAUCCUCAGAUCAUGGCUCCUGAGCGUCCUCCUUUGAUCCCGUCUCCUAAAACUCCCAGUAACCAAGACCUGAAUACUGCACCCGUCUUGUUAGAUCUCGCUAAAUCCAAAUCUGGCCGGCCUGAAUCGUUUUCCAAGAUGGAACUAGAAAAUCCAGUUGAAAACUCCUCUAGUCUGGAAUCCAAUUUCCACUCCUCAUCCCAACGAAGUAUUGUGUCCAUUCAAUCCAAGGCUUCAGCUGGAAACUCUAUUAGGGAAGUGAGUUUUGACUCGGGAUCGAAGCCCGUGAGAUAUGGGUCUAGAGGGGCUGAUUCCGAAGCGCUUAGCAUGUCCCAGAAAGAAAUCAGUGACGAGGAUGCAAGGUUGAUUUAUGUAAAUGAUCCUGCAAAGACAAAUGAGAGGUAUGAGUUUGCAGGAAAUUCUAUAAGGACUGGAAAGUAUUCGAUUAUUACUUUUUUGCCGCGAAAUCUGUUCGAACAGUUUCAUAGAGUGGCGUACAUAUAUUUCCUUGUGAUUGCUGUUCUAAAUCAGCUCCCCCAGCUGGCCGUUUUUGGCAGGGGAGUUUCAAUCUUGCCAUUAGCCUUUGUGCUUUUGGUUACAGCAGUGAAGGAUGCAUACGAGGACUAUAGGCGGCACCGGUCGGACCGAAUUGAGAACAACCGUUUGGCAAAUAUUUUGGUUAAUGAUCAGUUCCAACAAAAGAAAUGGAAGGACAUCCGAGUUGGUGAAAUCAUCAGAAUUCAUGCAAAUGAAACACUUCCGUGUGAUAUGGUGCUGCUCUCGACCUCUGACCCAACUGGGGUCGCUUAUGUGCAGACGAUUAAUUUGGAUGGUGAGUCCAAUUUGAAGACUCGCUAUGCAAAACAAGAGACCCUCUUGAAGAUGCCUGAUGAAGGGAAAGUUAAAGUUAGUGGGUUGAUCAAGUGUGAGAAACCAAAUAGGAAUAUUUAUGGGUUCCAUGCAAACAUGGAAAUUGAUGGGAAAAAGCUGUCGCUUGGACCCUCCAAUAUUGUCCUUCGAGGCUGUCAGCUGAAGAAUACUGAGUGGGCCUUUGGGGUUGCCGUGUAUGCUGGUCGUGACACCAAAGCUAUGCUUAACAGCUCAGGAGCUCCAUCUAAGAGGAGCCGGCUUGAAAUCCAUAUGAACUCUGAGAUCAUCAUACUCUCCAUUUUUCUUAUUGCUUUGUGUUUGGUUGUCUCUGUCUGCGCACUUGUUUGGUUGCUGAGACACAGGGAAGAGUUGGAUUACAUACCCUAUUACAGAAAGGCUGACUUCUCGGAGGUGGAGGAGAAAGACUAUAACUAUUAUGGAGCGGGAAAGGAGACAUUUUUCGCAUUCCUCAUGUCAGUUAUUGUUUUCCAGAUCAUGAUCCCCAUUUCUCUCUACAUUUCCAUGGAGCUCGUCCGGGUUGGUCAGGCGUACUUCAUGAUCCGAGAUACCCAAAUGUAUGAUGAGACAUCAAAUUCGAGAUUUCAGUGCAGAGCAUUGAAUAUAAACGAAGAUUUAGGACAGGUGAAGUAUGUAUUCUCAGAUAAAACUGGCACACUUACAGAGAACAAGAUGGAAUUUCAAUGUGCAAGUAUAUGGGGAGUAGAUUAUAGUGCUGGGAAUUCACAAAUUGAUCAAGUUGAAUACUGUGUUCAAGUGGAGGGAAAAGUUCUAAGGCCAGCAAUGAAGGUAAAGACUGACCCGGAGCUCUUACAACUAUCAAGAAGCGGAAGUGGCACAAAGGAAGGCAAACAUAUCCAUGAUUUCUUACUUGCAUUGGCAGCCUGCAACACAAUUGUGCCCCUUGUUGUAGACACAUCUGAUCCUACCGUGAAGAUGAUAGAUUACCAAGGGGAGUCUCCUGAUGAACAAGCAUUGGUGUAUGCUGCUGCUGCCUAUGGUUUUAUGCUUACAGAACGAACCUCUGGCCAUAUAGUAAUUGAUAUUCAAGGAGAAAGGCAAAGGUUCAAUGUUUUAGGCUUGCAUGAGUUUGACAGUGACCGGAAGAGGAUGUCAGUUAUAUUGGGGUGCCCCGACAAGAUUGUGAGAGUCUUUGUAAAAGGUGCUGACACAUCCAUGUUUAGCGUGGUAGAUAAAUCUUUGAACAUGAAAGUAAUACGUGCAACUGAAGCCCACCUUCACGCUUACUCCUCAGUGGGUUUGAGAACACUUGUUGUUGGUAUGCGGGAAUUGAGUGCUUCGGAAUUUGAUCUAUGGCAUUCUUCCUUUGAGGCGGCGAGCACUUCUUUAAUUGGUAGAUCUGCUUUGCUUCGAAAGGUAGCUAGCAGUGUUGAAAACAAUCUAUGCAUACUAGGUGCCUCCGGCAUUGAAGAUAAACUCCAACAAGGUGUGCCAGAGGCCAUAGAAUCUCUGAGAACAGCAGGGAUCAAAGUAUGGGUUUUGACUGGAGACAAGCAAGAAACUGCCAUUUCAAUUGGCUACUCCUCCAAGCUUCUGACAAGCAAGAUGACCCAGAUAAUAAUUAAUAGCAGUUCUAAGGAGUCAUGUAGGAGGAGUUUGGAAGAUGCCAUUGUCAUGUGUAAGAAUCUUGUGGCCGUUGCUGGAGUUGCAAACAAUAUUGGCAGAAGUUCUGAAGCUGGUUCAACACCAGUGGCCUUGAUUAUUGAUGGUACCAGCCUUGUUUAUAUUCUUGACAGUGAACUCGAAGAACAGCUCUUCCAAUUAGCCAGUUACUGUUCCGUUGUGCUAUGUUGUCGAGUGGCUCCUUUGCAAAAAGCUGGAAUCGUUGCCCUUGUGAAGAACAGAACUACUGAUAUGACACUUGCCAUUGGCGAUGGUGCCAAUGACGUAUCGAUGAUCCAAAUGGCUGAUGUUGGAGUUGGCAUCAGUGGCCAAGAGGGUCGGCAAGCUGUAAUGGCAUCAGAUUUUGCAUUGGGGCAAUUUAAAUUCUUAGUUCCCCUUAUUUUGGUCCAUGGGCACUGGAAUUACCAACGGAUGGGCUACAUGAUAUUAUACAAUUUUUACAGGAAUUCUGUGUUGGUAUUUGUUCUAUUUUGGUAUGUGCUCUUUACUUCUUUCAGUUUGACAACUGCAAUCAAUGAAUGGAGUAGUGUGUUGUAUUCAAUAAUCUAUACUUCACUGCCUACGAUUGUUGUUGGAAUUCUUGACAAGGAUCUAAGUAGGAGGACUCUUCUACAGUAUCCACAACUUUAUGGGGCUGGGCAAAGACAAGAGUGCUACAAUAGAAGGUUGUUUUGGUUAACAAUGUUUGAUUCAUUGUGGCAAAGUGCAGCUAUCUUCUUUAUCCCUUUCUUUGCAUAUUGGCACAGCACCAUUGACAUAUCAGGUAUAGGAGAUCUUUGGAUACUUGGAGUGGUUACUUUGGUUAAUAUACACUUGGCCAUGGACGUCUUUCGGUGGACUUGGAUUACUCAUGCAGUCAUUUGGGGAUCUAUAAUUGCGACUGUUGUUUGUGUUGUUAUCAUUGAUGUUAUACCCUCAUUAGUUGGUUACUGGGCAAUCUUCCAUGUUGCAAAAAGGAGUACAUUUUGGUUAUGCUUGCUUGCAAUCAUCAUAGCUGGCCUAAUUCCUCGUUUGGUUGUAAAGUUUCUGUAUCAAUACUAUAAACCCAGCGAUAUUCAGAUUGCAAGGGAAGCUGAGAAAUUUGGGAAUCUGAGGGAGUUUGGAGCUACAGAAAUAGAAAUGAAUCCUAUCCCGGAUCCUCCAGAAAGAUAACAAGGUGAUUUUGUUCCUGUUUACACCUCCUUUUCUUUGUAAAGUAUCCUAUUCUUUAGGCUGCUUCAGAGUAUCUCUCUUGGUUGCCAGAUUUUUGUUAUUGCUAUCCGAAGGGUAGUCUUUUUAAUGUUGUAUUUUAUUUUGUUGUAUUCACACAGUCAUUCAAUGUACAUUACCAAGGUUAUCACAGAAAAAUUUAGACACUUAAUCAGAGUUCGAUACCAA